AUGGCGAUUAUUUGUGUAGUAACAGUUGCGAAAACUAUGAUAACAACACUGGAUGCCUGUUCUGGACAGAUUCGAGGCGAGGCGCGGCUCGAGUCGUACUUGCCGCUUCUCGUGAUAGUCGCGACUUCCUUCGUGACAGGACUCACCUCGCCAAUGUGCCUGCCAAAUUUCUUCCCCACUCUUCUCGCACUUUACUCCAAAACAACAAAAUCAUUUCAAGGUCUCGGCCAUACACUAUCAGCAUUCGACAACUUUAUCAUCAUGAUUGAAGAUGGCGGCGACAGCAGCGAGGUCCGCGUUGCGUCGCAAUUGCAAGUGUGCACCGAUCUCAGAGUCCUGCCUCAGUCAAACGACUGCACUCUUGGUAUCGAAUCUCCUGAAAAUUGCAGGAACGAAAAUAUUGAGAUACACGUCCCCGCCACCAAGGGUCCGGCGGAUGUCGCCGUUCUUUCAAUAGCAUCGAUUGUGUUUGGAAAUUUCAGCCCUUUGGAGCGAGGGAACCUGAACAAAAAUAUACAAAACUUCCUCUCCGGUGGUACCUUUCGAAAUAAUAUUGCAGAUACUGUCACCCUAUCGCCUCCCUCUCGCGAUCGUGGUAGCAGGCCUGCCACUUCAUCUCUCUUCUAUCAUUGUCUUCAUAAGCGAGGGCCGUUCCGCUUCAUGGAACUUCCCAUUGAAGUCCGUCUCAUGAUUUCCAAGCACGCUCUACAUGUACCAGAAGGAUUGUCCUUCAUCUGGAGAAAUUAUCGAAGCGGACACCGGGUAGGGACAAUGAAAGGCUAUCAGGAUCAGGAUCUCCCAAUAGCAAUGCUUGAGAGCAUCAAUGCUUUACCAAGGACUUGCCGCGCACUUUAUAAUGAGACUAGCGGGCUAGUAUUCCGCGUCAACUUAAUCAAGUUUAACGUGUUCUCAAUGUACCAAUACUCGAUUCCCAAGCGAUGCCGGGCUCCUGAGUCGGACCUGCAGCUUCGGGCUGGUGUUGAGGCACUUGGCUUCCUGCGCCGUUUCGCACCAGCCUUGCUCUGGCCAGCAGUCAAUCGUAUUGAGAUGAAUUGCAUCAACAUGGAUGCAUUGAUAUCAGAGUGGAUUGGGCAGCUCGAUAGCGUUAGCUAUGUUACGCACAGAUGCAUAGUCUCGGUUCAUGUCAGCGACUGGUCCAUGAAGUCUCUUGACGCAUGGGAGUUUGCGGAUCUAGAAGAGAAUAUGAAGGAGCUGGAGAUUGCGGUUCACGUCCAAAAUCAUAUGCAAGCACAAGCCACCAGAUUCAUAGAGACAGCACUGCUCGCAUCAAAUGUCAUGAGGUGUUCAGACGAUGCCCAUAGGCGAUGGCGUAUCUUCCCAGCUAUUCGUGGCUAUAAGAACAUUGGGAGCUUCACCGACUUCUUCAGCCGGGAAACCCUGAGAGCAGUCGAGGACUGGUACGCGAACGGGAUUGGGACUGAGCUUUGA